AUGGCAGCAAAACCGGGCUCGGCCAAGUCCUCGGGCAAGGACUCGAAUAAGAGCAAGCCUCUUUCUUCGGCAUCGAAAGUGAGCAAGAAAGCCGUCAAGCGCCCGCCGCCAAAGGAAGUUAAGUCGAAGGCGCGCACCGAAUCCAGCCAGCUGAAGAAGACAAAGAAGAGAGAGUAUACGGAGGAGGAAUUGGACCUGCCGAAGUUGAAUGCAAUCACGCCUGUUGGAGUGGUGAAGCCUAAAGGGAAGAAGAAGGGAAAGGUUUUUGUUGACGACCAGGAGGGAAUGGCUACCAUUCUUGCUAUGGUCAAUGCCGAGAAGGAAGGGCAGAUUGAGUCCAAGUUGCAGAAGGCCCGUCAGCUAGAGGAGAUCCGAGAAGCGAAGAGAAAGGAAGCCGAGGCUAGGCAGGCUCAGAAGAAGAAUAAAUUCGAGGAGACCAAGGCAGCGAUUCGUCAAAAGCGCAAGCGCAAGGGUGAUAGCAAUGAAGACACGAAAACUGAUACUACAGCAGCUCAUACCAAUGGGUCGUCUUCGAAGUCUAAAGGGAAGAGGAAAAGUGUUUCAUUUGCUUGA